AUGGCAGCCCCUGUCUCCCAGGGCGUGGAGACCACCAAGCCCUCCAAGCAGAGCAACAACAAGUAUGCGGCCAGCAGCUACCUGAGCGUGUCAGCCAGCAAGUGGAAAUCUGCCAGCCAGUACAGCUGCCAGGUGACCCACGAAGGCAGCACUGUGGAGAAGACAGUGGUCCCCUCGGAGUGUCAGCCCAAGUCCGCACCCUCAGUCACUCUGUUCCCGCCCUCCACUGACGAGCUCGGCAACAACAAGGCCACACUGGUGUGUCUGGGCGUGGAGACCACCAAGCCCUCCAAGCAGAGCAACAAUAAGUAUGCGGCCAGCAGCUACCUGAGCGUGUCAGCCAGCAAGUGGAAAUCUGCCAGCCAGUACAGCUGCCAGUGUUGGGUGUUCGGCUUAGGGACCCAUCUGACCGUCCUAGGUCAGCCCAAGUCCGCACCCUCAGUCACUCUGUUCCCGCCCUCCACUGACGAGCUCGGCAACAACAAGGCCACACUGGUGUGUCUGGUCAGUGACUUCUACCCGGGAGCCGUGACAGUGUCCUGGAAGGAAAAUGGCAGCCCCGUCUCCCAGGGCGUGGAGACCACCAAGCCCUCCAAGCAGAGCAACAACAAGUAUGCGGCCAGCAGCUACCUGAGCGUGUCAGCCAGCAAGUGGAAAUCUGCCAGCCAGUACAGCUGCCAGGUGACCCACGAAGGCAGCACUGUGGAGAAGACAGUGGUCCCCUCGGAGUGUUCCUAGGACACUGAGCCCCCAUAUCCUGGGACUCUGCUCAGCCACAUCAUCCAAUCCCUAGCUCUCCACUGUAGGAUGUGCCUGAGACUCCCACCCCUGUCUGCUCAGACUGGGCUGGUCUCACAAACUCCCCAUUUCUCCAUUUUCUCAAUAAAACCCUGGACAUUUA